AUGGUGAUUACCAAAAUCAAACCCAGGAAUCCACAGUUUUUCAAGCCCAUCCUACCUGGUUCUUUUCAUGAACUUGCGAUUCCCAGAGGGUUUCUGAAAUACUUAAGAGAAGAGAAGUGUGAGGAAGGAGAAGCUGUGUUGAGAAACAGUGGCAAAUCGUGGCGUGUAAAGGUUAAUGGAUUCUGUUUUAAAGAGGGUUGGUCUGAUUUUGCUCGAGAUCGUCAUCUUCUUAUUGGGGAUUUCGUGGUCUUCAGACAUCAAGGUCACAUGGUGUUUGAUGUUUUAGUGUUCGAUCGCAGUACCUGUGAGAAAGAGUACCCACCAUUUCAUGCUAAAAUUGAAAAUGAGGAAGGGAAGGUAGAAAAUAGAGGCAAAGAGGAAAUUGUUGAGAAGAAAAUCAAGAACUUUAAAGUUUCAGUAAGAACUCGUUCAGGAGCGAUUAAGGCAGGCAAAGAAUAUGCUGCCUCUUGCAAGUUUACAAAUCCCUUUUUUGUGGCUCCGGUGGGGAAAUAUAAUCUAACAAAGUAUAUUAUGAGUAUUCCAAAGGGCUUUGCGAGAUCAAAUGGUUUGAUGGGAAAAAGCGGGUUUGAUGUGAUCCUCAAAGAUCAAGCUCUUCGGUCAUGGUCUGUGAAAUUAAGACAAAAACUCGAUGGUCGAGUGCAUUUAGGAACUGGUUGGCGUGAGUUUGCACUUGCAAAUCACCUGAAGAAAGAACAAAUCUGCAUUUUCAGGCUCAUUUGCUCAGAUAACAACAUAAAACGUACUUCCUCUGAUGAUUUCAGACAUGAAGAUGGGAACGUGGUAUUUGAUGUCACAGUGGUGGAUUCUAAAGCUUCUGGGAGAAAAUAUCCACCGGCUAUUCCAAAAGCGUUUUUAUGUCAGCUAAAAGGUGAGAAGUGUGAAACAGGAGUAGCCAUAUUGAGGAAUCAUCAUCACCAACACAAAUUCUGGCGUGUGAAGAUGAAGGGUUUCAAUUUUGAUGAGGGUUGGAAGUAUUUCGUUCGAGACCUUAAUCUUCGUGUUGGGGAUUUCUUAGUGUUCAGACAUGAAGGUGGGUUCGUCUUCGAUGUUCUGGUGUUCGACCACACAGCAUGUGAGAAACAUUAUCAACAUUUUAUUGAUGUUAAUAAUAAUAAAAUGGAAGAUCAGACAGCUACAGCAAAUACCGAUACCUUUACCAAAUGCAGAGUAGAGAACAGUUUUAAGGUUUCAGUGACGGCAACUAACCUUAAGGAAUCUAUGAUAGAAAUUCCUGGGGCCUACGUGAAAUCUUCUGGUCUUGAAGGGAAAAUCUUUGAAAUGAUUCUGAAACAUGGAAAGGGAAGGUCGUGGUCAGUUAAACUGAACCAUAAAACAAGUGGUCGGGUUUAUGCGAGACGAGGUUGGGGAGACUUCAUUGUUGCACAUCACUUGGCAAUAGGAGACACCUGCGUUUUUAAGCUCAUUAACUCAGGGGUUCUAUACAAAGGAAGUGCAAUGGUGUUUGAUGUUACUAUAUUUCGCUCCAACAUUGACAGAAGGUGUUUUAAGUCUACUCUCCACCCAUACAACUUUAAGUUUUCUAAAUUGCAUAUUCCAAUUAAAUUCGCAAGAUUGAAUAAUCUUUUUGGGAGAAACAGCGAUGCGUCUCUGAGAGAUAAAAAAGGAAGAUCCUGGGAAAUGAAACUGAUUCACAAGAAGAGCAAUGAAGACCGCAUCUUCAUAAAAGGUGAUUUGGUUGAGUUUUUCUCUGUAAAUGACUUGAAGGAAGGAGAUACCUGCAUUUUUAAAGUCAUUUGGAGGGAGAAGAUGCAGGUGAUGGAGUUCAAAUUGCUUUAA